AUGACUCAAUAUAACUCUCCAGUUUAUUCGCAAAGCCCUCAACACGCUCAACAAUCGUCCCUUUUAAAUAACCCAACAAUAUAUCAUUUAGAACAAAUACAACGUCGGAAUGGAAAUAAUGUGAAUAGUAUGAAUAAUAUGAUAAUUCUGGCGAACGAUGAGAUUUCCGGAACUCCCAAUAAUUCUUUCAAUAGCAGCACACUAAACCCAACUAUCUUGAACGCAGCUCAGAAUCAAUUUUUCGCAGUUGGUCCUGGUCAUAUAAAGCAAGAGACAGGUUCUAUGGAUGUUACCGAAGGGGAUAUUGAUCCGCAAGUUGUAUGCUCACCAAUGACGUCGCCUUCACCCGCUAAUUCUGUUGGUUCUCCUAUAACCCGCAAUUAUGACCGUAACUUUAUUGAUGAUGCCAACAACCUAUUUGGUCAGUCCUAUAAGCCUUCUCAUAUGGACAGCUUUUCACCGUUUGACGAGUCACCGAGCAAUGUUUCUGUUUUUUCUCAAGGUCCUGCUGAAACUAAAUUCUUUGAUCAAAGUGAUCCAAAUCAAAAUGAGGUCUGUAGCAUUAGUGCUCCCACCGGCGUGAGUGCUUUUGAGUUCAGACAACCUCAAAGCAAUUUCGUUACUCAGCCUCAGUCAUUACCUGCUGGAUAUGUGAGCGGUGGUGAAUGUUUUCCCCAAUAUACACAAGGUCUACAAUAUCUUUCUGAAAUAGGAGCAGCGGGGUCAGGUGUAAGGCUAUACCAACAACAUUACAUAGAUGCUGAAGAUUCUGCUGACAGUGCUCAAAAACAAGCAAUUUUAAUCGAAAAGAGGCGUCGUCGUAGAGAAUCACAUAAUGCUGUUGAACGUCGUCGAAGGGACAAUAUAAAUGAAAAGAUUCAGGAAAUAUCCACUCUUAUACCAGAUAUUUUUAUUGAUUCUUCUAACAAACCAAACAAAGGUGUGAUCCUCCGUAAGGCUGUAGAAUACAUCAAACACCUUCAACAGCUAGUGGGUGAACAACGUGCUCACAAUCUAGUGUUGGAAAAUACAAUAAGCGAUAUGAAAUCUGGGAUACCCAUCGAAAAUAAUUCAGAAAUGAAUGUAUCGCCACAAAGUAGCGGUAUUGUAAAUAAUGAUCCUUACUAUGUGUGA